AGUUGAAAUAAACUAAGAAAACUAUGGAGACUCCUUCAUAUGAUAUCAAAAACAAAGGAGAUGAUAUGCAAGAAGAUCUAAAGGUGAAACUUCACCAUGAGAAGGGAGGAGAUGAAAAAGAAAAAAUAAUUGAAAAGCAGACUCCAUUCCAAGAUAUCAAGAACAAAGAUACCAUCACUUCAUAUGUUUUAAGAGAUGAUGCACAAGAAAUACCAAAGGUGGAACAUGAGGGGGGAGGAGAUGGAAAAGAGAAAAUAGUUGAAAAAGAGAUUAUAUCCAAAUGUAUCAUCAAGAUUGAAGGAGAUGAUGCACAAGAAAAAAUAAAGGUGGAAUAUGAGGAGGAAGAAUAUGAAAAAGAGAAAAUAGUUGAAAAAGGGAGUCCAUCCCAAGAUAUCAACAACAAAGGAGAUGAUCCACAAGAAAAACCAAAGGUGGAACAUGAGGAAGGAGAUGAAAAAGAGACUCCAUCCCAAGAUAUCAUCAAAAUAGAAGGGGAGGGUGCACAAGAAAUAACAAAGGUGGUAUGUGAGGAAAGAGAGAAAAUUGUAAUACGAGAAGAUCUUGCGGUUCAUUCAACACCUCCAUCAAAGCGUGAUCCUCCCAAAAUGCAAACAGACAAUAAUAAACUCUAGAA